UAAUUGGCCCCACUCCACUUUUAUUGUAACAAAGUUACGUGGCUCUUCUGUAAUCUAGAAUUCGGAUGGAUUGGUCCACUACAAAAUUUGAGAUUGUGACCCCGCGGCGGCGGCGGCGGCGGCAGUAGCAGUGGGUGAACCAAGCAACAAGCAACAAGUGGGUGAACCUUUGACUAAGAGAGAGAAACGGAAAAUGGCAGCUGUAGCAGCUGCAGCGACACCAGUGAUCCAAGUCGCAGCUCUCUGUGGUUCUCUCCGCAAAGGUUCCUACAAUCGCGGCCUCCUCCGUUCAGCUAUACAGAUAAGCAAGGAAUCGAUCAACGGUAUGCAGAUAGAGUACAUCGACAUAUCGCCACUGCCAUUUGUAAACACGGAUCUCGAGGUCGACGGAACUUACCCUCCGGUCGUCGAGGCUUUCCGUCAGAAGAUCGCUGCCGCCGACAGCAUCCUCUUCGCUUCGCCCGAGUACAAUUAUUCAGUCUCUGGCCCUUUAAAGAAUGCAAUUGAUUGGGCAUCUAGACCAACAAAUGUCUGGGCUGACAAAGCUGCUGCUAUCGUCAGUGCGGGAGGAGGUUUUGGUGGUGGACGAUCACAGUAUCAUCUCCGCCAGAUUGGAGUUUACGUUGACCUUCAUUUCAUUAAUAAGCCUGAAUUUUUCCUCAACGCAUUCCAACCUCCUUUGAAGUUUGAUAGUGAUGGCAACUUGACUGAUGCUGAAACUAAGGAUAAGUUGAAAGAAGUUCUUCUUGCUUUGCAGGCAUUCACAUUGCGACUCCAAGGUAAGUGCUGAGUAACUUCUGGGGCUCUGGCCGCCUCCAUAUGGAAAGUAUUAAUGUCUGCAUCCAGUAUGCCAUGGACAUGAAAUUUAGUGUAAUCUAUAGAACUCUAUAUUUGUAUUCUUUUAGGUAGAAGUUAUGAUACUCUGAUUUUUCCUUAAUUUCUUGUGUUGACAUCUAGUUCCUAAUAUGUAUAGUUACGAUGGGGUAGCCGAUUAGGUGCUCUUUCUUCAAUUUUAUUGUGGCAGAAUGUGCAAGUUGGAGAAGGGGGCAAAUUCUUAUGCCUCCUAAACCCUAG